AUGGGGUCAACUCAAUUCGGGAAUUUCCACGACUUCUGUCGCGACUCAACACUCCCAGUCUGCAAUCUUUUCACCAAUGAUACUGCGAUUGUUGCCUUCGGCGCGUGCGAUCUGACCGGCAUCCCUCUGAGUGGGAAUAGACACCUUCGGAACUUAGGUUCGAUUCUGCUAGCGUUCAUUGCUAUUGUGUUGACUGUGGGUAUGAUAUGGAGAUCGGACAAGAAGCACGCUGCUGUCGGUCGAAGGGAGAUGCAAUUGUUUUUGUUAGGCUUCAUCCUCGUCGAGAUCUGCGAGAUCUUCACCGUGGGCGGCUUCCCGCUGAGCGACGCAGUUCGAAAGGGAUUUUCUGCGGUCCAUAUCGCCGCAAUCACUGCUACUUGCUGGGUUCUUCUGAUGAACGCACUUGUCGGUUUCCAGUUGCUCGAUGACGGCACUCCAGCUUCCAUCGGUCUCAUCUGCGCAUCUGCUGCAGCCCUCUUUAUCGGAACGUGCUAUAUUGCCUUGGACACCGGGUUUGACUGGACUGGUCAUUUCCAGUCAAGUCAUCAAUCCCCAAAUCGCAACAUUGCUCUCUAUGUCCUGUACCAACUCUUCCCACUCAUCUGCAUUGUCUUAUUCUAUGCCCUGGAAGCCGUGCUGGUGCUGCGAAUUCUAGGCGAGUUCCGUCCAAUGUUGUAUCUCACAGGAGCCGGCGUAUUGUUCGCGAUUGGUCAGAUCUUCAAUUAUGUGAUCAGUACCCACCUGUGCCAGGCCUCUGGUGGCAAGAUUAAUGGAGCACUAUUCGAGACUCUCUUCACCCUUCUUGCUGUCUCUGGGGUCUGGACCUUCUGGAGCAGUAUCACCGAAGAUGACUGGCCUCUGCCUGUGGGCGGCGGGGGUUACAACUGA